AUGGCUUCUUCAGAUAACCUCAAGGUAAUCAUCCUCGGUGGUGGCAUCGCCGGACUCACCACAGCCCUCGCGCUUACCAAAUUUGCACCUGCUGGCAAAGUACCUACCAUAAACAUCUACGAGAUCCGACCUGAACCUGCCACCAUCGGUGGCGCAGUCAACCUCACGCCAAAUGCUCUUCGAAUGCUCGAUGCUCUCGGCGCCCUACCAAUCAUCCGGGAACGCGACUACGGACACGAUAUCGACUACCUAGAAAUCUUCGAUGCACACAGCGGCAAGAUUGCCGAGUCCAGCUUUCGAGGGCCCGAAGGCAAAGGCGUCGGCACGCCACCAUACAAAGCCCUACGGAUCACUCGCGGAGAUGCGCUCAAGGGAGUCCUUGCGGCGAUAGAGGCCCAACCUAACAUUACCAUGACCUGCGGCAAGCGUACCAUUAAGAUCGACGAGACGGCCGACAGCGUGACAUUGACCUUCGAGGACGGUGAGACGGCGACAGGCGAUCUGCUCAUGGGCUGCGACGGCAUUCACUCUGUGACACGGCUGAAGCACGUCGAGCCAGAGCGCAAGGCGACCUAUUCCGGCGUGAGCAACGCCUUUGGCUUUGCGCCCAUACCUAAAGAUUUCAAGGUCCACUUCCAAUGCACCGCCAUCAACUUCGCCCGACGUGGGAUGCUAUUGACCAGCUUCCACUCUUCGGCGCGGGACUCGGUCUAUGUAGGUGGUCUGAUGCAGGUAGCGGACAUUGGCUCCCGGGACGGCUGGAAGGCCGUCGGCGGCGACGCGGAAGCUACACGCAAGCAGCUCCUGGAGCGAUUCGGCGACACCAAGAUUGAAUGCAUCGUCCCGCUGAUCGAGAAGGCGCAGGACUUUUUCCUGUGGCCUGUGUUCACCCUGAGCAAGGAGGGAAAGUGGUCGACGAAUCGAGUCAUGUUACUAGGAGAUGCUGCACACGCCAUGCCACCUCAAGGAGAAUCCACCGGCAUCGUCUUCGAAGACACCGUCCUCUUCGCCCGCUGUCUCACACGGUGGAUCGAAAAGGGCCAACCGGGCGGAAAUAUGAAGGAGGCCUUUGAUGCCUACGAGAAGCUCCGACGGGAUCGCAUCGGCGUCGCCUUCGAGGAAAGCAAGAAUGUCGUCAGCACCGUCUCGGACGCCGGCUGGUUCGGCCAUUUCAUGAAGACGACCAUUGUGCCGUGGUACCUUUGGUUCACGCACAGUUAUCGGGAGAAACAUUUCAUUGAGGAUGUGACUAAGGUGGAUAUCGGAUAUUGA